AUGAGGCGGUGCCUGCUGGCCGGUGCUGGAGCCCGUGCCGGCCACGCACCGAUCCGGGUUCAGUGCCUCCGUCACGCCACCACGACCACCACGGCUACCACGGCCACCACGGCGACCAAGAAAAAGACAGCCGCCACGCCGAAGAAGGCGAAGCAGGCCGACUCCACAAAGGCCGCCGUGCCGACCCCGGUCCCAGCGAAGAAGGCAGCCGGCCCUGGCCCCGCGAGGACGGCACCUGUCCAGACCAGCGUAUCUGCGGCGGCGCCCGUGAAAAAGACCCCGCAGCCUAGCCCCGGCCCCGUCAAGACCGAAGCCGCGGCCCAACCGAAAGUGAAGGCUGCGGGCCCGACAUCCGUUCCGCCUGUGGCAAAGCCGGGGCCGUCAACAGUGGCCGGGGCCGCUGCCGCGCCCAUGCGGGCUGCUACUAUCCAGACGGCAACCACCUCUCAACACGCGGCGGCGGCAAGGCCUCCUAAAUCCCCUGCCCAGACUCCAACCCGGCCCUCUGCAAGGGUCGGGGCCGACACGGCUUCAAAGGAGUAUAAACGAGCGCGGUGGAGCUACACAGGUGCUGUGGUCGGCGUGCCCUUGCUGCUUGUUACAAGCUAUUUUCUGUACGAUCGGUUAAUUCUGGGCAACGAACGCCUUAACACAUCCAGAUCAAGCCCACCUCCCAUUGAAGAGCCAGCUUCGGCGUCAGAGGACGGCGCAUAG